AUGCUAGGAACAUUUUCAAUUCUUUAUUUCAUAAUCUACUUAGUGUUAUUCAUUUUGGUUACAUUUAUGUCAGCACUUUUCAUGUUCCCAUUUUUAGGAGCAUCUUUAUUCUUUGCCGUUGGUGUAAUUGUGUUUGCAUUUUUAAGUGAUUUAACUUAUAAGAUUGCUUAUUUACUAUACAUUAAAUUUGAUAAAAAGUUAAGAUUUUUUUUGGAGAAAAUGUCAAUCUCAUCGACUAAUGCUAAUACAGAAAGUAAAAAUAAGAAUACGAAUAAUAGUAAGAGUUCAAAGAAUUAUGAACAGUCCAAAGCAGUAAACAACCAAGCAGUUGUUGAGUCAACACUAGAUAACGAGAAUAUAAAUUUUAGCAAGUUAGAAAUAAACUCAACUAAAUCGAAUUUUUCUCCAACGUUAAAUAAUACAGGGACUGCAAGUGAAAUAGCAAAAUCUUUAGAAACGCAUUUAAAUGGAAAACAAUAA